AUGUCCAUGUUACGGAGAUUCUCUACCCAGUUCAAAAAGAACAAGGAUGCCAAUGGCGACGCCGAGCCUAAGGCUGAGAAGCAGAGCAAGCGCUUCUCCAAGGCGCCAAGUACUCCGCCUAAGGAGGAAAACACCGACACACACCAGGUGAAGCGCUCCGAGGUCGUCGCAGUGUUCGAGAAGUAUGCGCAGGCUAUUCACGCCUCGCGCGAGCCUAUGCCCAACCAGACUGGUGAUGGCACAUAUUUGAAGCACGACCAGUCCAGUGGACUGAUCGCGGACAUCAAGUCUCUCGGAUUCCGCGAUGUCAACACUGUUAAGGACCUGAUUAAGAACAAGGCUUCCGGUGAAUUGAUCGAUGACAAGACCUAUCUUAUGGAGCGCAUUAUUCAGCUGGUUGCCGACAUGCCCGGCCACUCCAAGAACCGUGUCGAGCUCACAAAUGGAUUCCUUGAUGAAUUGUGGAACUCUUUGCCGCACCCCCCGCUCUCUUUCAUGGGUGAUGAUUACAAGUACCGUUCCGCUGACGGAUCCAACAACAACCCCACACUCCCCUGGUUGGGUGCUGCCAAUACCCCUUACUGCCGCACCAUUCCUCCUCUCGCAAUCCAGCCCAGCGGGUUGCCUGACGCCGGUCUAAUUUUCGACAGCCUGUUCGCCCGUCAGGAGUUCACCCCUCACCCCAACAAGGUGUCCAGUGUUUUCUUCGACUGGGCUUCAUUGGUUAUUCACGACAUCUUCCAAACUGACUACCGUCAACCACACCUGAACAAGACCUCUGCCUACCUCGAUCUCUCCAUUCUUUAUGGUGAUGUGAAGGAGCAGCAGGACCUGAUACGGUCCCACAAGGAUGGUAAGCUGAAGCCUGACUGCUUCUCCGAGGGUCGUCUGAACGCUCUUCCUCCUGCUUGCGGUGUCUUGCUGGUUAUGCUUAACCGUUUCCACAACCACAUCGUUGAACAGCUUGCUGAAAUUAAUGAGAAUGGCCGUUUUACCAAGCCUGGGUCCAAGCUCACUGGCGAGGACGCUGAGAAGGCCUGGGCCAAGUACGAUGAGGACCUGUUCCAAACUGGUCGUCUGAUCACUUGCGGUCUGUACAUUAACAUUACUCUGUAUGAUUACCUGCGUACCAUUAUCAAUCUCAACCGCAGCAACUCUACUUGGUGCCUGGAUCCCCGCGCCCAGAUGGAGAAGUCCGGUGCUACUCCCUCUGGUCUGGGUAACCAGUGCUCCGUCGAGUUCAACUUGGCUUACCGCUGGCACUCGGCCAUCGCCCAGGGCGAUGAGAAGUGGAUCGAGAAGAUCUACUAUGACCUCAUGGGCAAGCCCGCUGACCAGGUUACCAUGCCCGAGCUGCUUAUGGGUAUGAAGAAGGUCGAGGGCAUGCUUGAUGCUGAUCCCUCCAAGCGUGAGUUUGCUCACUUGAAGCGUGGACCGGAUGGUCGGUUCGACGACGGCGAGCUUGUCUCUAUCCUCAAGUCUGCUUCUGAGGACGUUGCCAGCUCUUUUGGACCCCGCAAUGUCCCCAAGGCUCUGCGUUCCAUUGAGAUUCUCGGUAUGGAGGCUGCCCGUCGCUGGCAGGUUGGUUCCCUCAACGAGUUCCGUAAGCACUUCGGCCUGAAGACCUACGACACCUUCGAGGAGAUUAACUCCGACCCGGAGAUUGCCAACACUCUGCGUCACCUGUACGAGCACCCUGACUACGUCGAGCUGUACCCUGGUAUUGUCUCUGAGGAGCCUAAGGAGCCCAUGAUUCCCGGUGUCGGUAUCGCCCCCACCUACACCAUCUCCCGUGCUGUCCUCUCCGAUGCCGUGGCUCUUGUCCGUGGUGACCGUCACUACACCGUUGACUACAACCCCCGUAACAUGACCAACUGGGGUUACAACGAGUGCCGCUACGACUUGAACAUCAACCAGGGCUGUGUCUUCUACAAGUUGGCUACCCGUGCCUUCCCCAACUACUACAAGCCUGAUUCUAUCUACGCUCACUACCCCAUGACCAUCCCCUCCGAGAACCGGAACAUCAUGAAGAUGCUUGGUCGUGAGAACGACUACUCUUACGAUGCUCCUGCCUACAUUCCUCCCCGUGUCAACUUGACCUCGCACCAGGCUGCCAAGCUCGUUUUGACCAACCAGGCCGACUUCAAGCCCGCUUUCAGCUCUGCUUUGGAGGACCUGUUUGGCAAGGGCAAGUUCGAUUCCCAACAGCAGGAAGCCAUUGGCAAGGCUCUCGCCACUGAGGAGUUCCCCAAGCUCAUUAAGAAGUUCUACGAGGAGACCACUCUGCACCUGAUCCAGCAGAACGGUGCCAAGCUCGCCAACAUCAACCAGAUUGACAUCACCCGCGAUGUUGGUAACUCUGCCCACGUCUACUUUGCCUCCGCUCUCUUCGGCCUGCCCCUGAAGACCGAAGAGAACCCCUCCGGUCUCUUCACCCAGCACGAGAUGUACAUGAUCCUCACCACCAUCUACUCCGCGCUCUUCUUCGAUGUUGACGCCCCCCGCUCUUACCCUCUGAACCGCGCCGCUACCGCUGUUGCCCAGCAGCUCGGCUCUGUCGUUGAUGCCACCGUCAAGGCUGACACCAACACCGGCCUCUUGUCCGGUCUGAUGAACAACUUCCGUCCCCACGACAACGCCCUCCGCGAGUUCGGCACUGGCGCUCUGCGCCGCCUAAAGGAGUCCGGCCUGUCUUCCUCGGAGAUCACCUGGUCCCAGGUCAUCCCCACCAUUGUCUCCCUGGUUCCCAACCAGGGCCAGGUGUUCACCCAGGUCAUCGAGUACUACACCGGCGCUGGCAAGCAGCACUGGGCUGAGAUCAGCCGUCUCUCCAAGGAGGAGUCCGCCGCCAGCGACGAGCAGAUCUACCGCUACUGCCUGGAGGCCAUCCGUAUCAACGGAACCUUCGGUGCCUACCGCGAGGCCCAGAAUGCCGUCAGCGUGGAGGACAACGGCAAGUCCGUUGACAUCCAGCCCGGCGACAAGAUCUUUGCUUCCUUCGUCGAGGCCAACCACGAUGCCAGCGUCUUCCCUGAGCCCACCGAGGUUAAGCUUGACCGUCCUAUGGACUCUUACAUCACCUCUAUCCAGGGUGCUAGCACUGGAUUCGGUAAGGAGAUCACCAAGAUUGCUCUCGUUGCCAUGAUCCGUGUUGUUGGUCGCUUGGAGAACCUCCGCCGCGCCCCUGGUGCCCAGGGCCAGCUUAAGAAGAUCCAGCAGGAGGGUGGUUACUACGUCUACCUCCGCCAGGAUGGCACUUCUUACUUCCCCUUCCCUAUGACUCUCAAGCUCCACUGGGACGGCGACUUCAAGUUCGAGCAGAAGCAAUAA